AUGAAGUUUAAGAGAAAAGUGUUGCCAACCAAAUCAAGCAAGGUUAUAUAAUGGAUACAAUAACAAUUAAGUGAAAAGAAAGAAAACUUGAGGGCUUUAGAAAAAUAAAUUGAAGCAAAUAUUUCCUAUUUAAUAUAUGAACUCUUAAUUUGA